AUGUAUCGUCGUCAACGUCAUGUAGGUCGUUUCCCUACAUUGUCCACUGUUGUGGCCUCUCGUUUCUUCUUUGGUAAAAGCGGCAAGUCUCCUCUUGACACUAACAACAAUAACGGCAGUAGCAGCAGCGGCACUAGCACUAAUAAUAAUAAUAAUAAUAAUAAUAAUAAUAAUAAUAAUAAUAAUAAUAAUAAUAAUAAUAAUAAUAAUAAUAAUAAGGGAAAGGAAAACACUGGUGGUUUUCCAGGAAUGUUCCCUGGUGGUGCUGGUGGUUUACCUACUGGAUUUGAUAUGCAAAAACUACGUGCGAUGCAAGAUAUGAUUAGUAGUCAACCACCUGAAAAACAGAUGGAAAUGAUUAAGAAAGCUUUAGAAUUUCAAAAAACAUUAGGUAAGAUUCCGGGAAUUGGUAAACUUGCUCAGAAAAAUAUUGAUGUGAUGGAGCAACUUUUAAAAACUACAGAGAAUCUACAACAACAACAACAACAACAACAAGGAUCAUCAAAAACAUCAGACUCUAAUAGUACAUCCAAUCCUUUAAGUGGAAAGAAAACAAGUUUGGGAAGUGUAUUUUCAAAUUCUUUUGCAGCCGCGGCCGCCGCUGCCUCUGCUGCUACCCCAAGUAAUAGUAGUAGUAGUGGUACUGCUUCUGCAAAAAGUAGUUCAGGUCCUACUAUUGAUGAAUUGAAAAAGAUUAAUUUGGGAACUGAAAUUGAGGCACUCUUUGCAGAACUGCGUAGUAUGCGUAUGAAGAAGAACUCCUACCGUGAUAAACUCCUUGCGAAGGAGGAGGAACUUGAAAAGACUCAAAAAACUCUCCAACAAGUGCAAGAAACAGAGGCAAGUCUCCGAUCAAAACUACGGAAAGUGGAACAAGAUGUCCUCUUGCUGAACUCAGAGAAUAUGGAAUUGCGUGAACAUGAGAAGGAAUGGAGACAAGUACGGCAGAAGAAUGAGGAACUCGUAGGUACGGUUCAGCGACUGCAGCACAGUGAUGCCGCCCAAGAUCGGCAACGCAGUGAUGUAUUACAACAACAAUUACAAUUUAAAGAGGAUGCCCUACGAUCUAUGCAACGUAAACUAGAAAGAUUACGCCGACGUGAUCCGUUAUUGCAAUUCUCUCGAAUCUGCAAUGAUGUGGCCCGUGUAUGUGGUGAGGGUGAUUACAAUGAUGAGGCCUUCACAGCACUACAGACAGCAUAUGAACAGCAACAAGAACAUGCAUGGCAAACCGCCGCAGAAGAGAAUGGCGCCGCAGCUCGUGCGUACGCCGCGGUGGUGCGCCGUUUCUUUUUAACGCGAGUCCCUCACGCAAUGUAUGAUGCGGUGGUGGCCAUAGACGGUGAUGUGGAGGCACUACGUAAAAUGUUAACAGCCGUUGGAUUACAAUUGCAGGAAUUGCAAUCCCAACAAGAUGGUCGUUAUGUCAUUACGGCCCCUCCUAAUACAACUGUGUCUAAAUCUUUUCUCGGGCCUUAUGCUAUCAGUGUGGCACUCUAUCUUGCCGGGAAGAUAUCAACUCUCUCAACACCAAAAGGAACUACUACUACUACUGGUGGAGUAGAUAUAUCUUUUAUGCCAUUUAGAGUAACACUUGCGUAUCCACAUGUAAGUACGACAUUAUUCAGUAACCCGCAACGUGCUACUGUGCAGUAUGAGACGGCCCGUUCAAGUGGUCCCGGUGGACAAGCAGCGAAUGUUGCCGAGACUCAAAUUACUGCUAAAUUGUUAAUUGAUGGUGAAAUGGCGUACGUGGCGGAGUCGCAGGAUUCACGUAGUGCACUAAACAAUCGAGAGGCGGCUACAGAGAAAUUGGGUAAAGUGCGACGACAGCAGUAUAAUGAAAAUUUAGCAAAACAGGAACGAGUGGAGGUGGUGGAGCGAGAACUUGUCAAUAUUAUAAAUGAUCACACAAAGAAUAAUUACUUUACUAGUAAUAAUAACAAGAGCGGCAAUAGUGAAGGUGCUGCUGGUGCUGGUGGUGAUGUAGCACCUGCAAUGGUGGUUAACUUGGCACGUGCUGCAUUUGAAAAGGGAUCUAUUACACAAGUGGAUUUUGCACUUGUGUGCGGUAUGUAUCAACUAAAUCAAAUGGCUUCUGCUGCUGAAACGGAAUCCGUACGCGCCGUACCUUCCUCAUGA